UAAGUAACAGAAGGGGGAAUCCGAACCAUAGUUUCCGAAACCUCAAGGGAGGUCUCAUUAUAUAUCAGAACAAAUCUCCGGCGCUGGCGGGAGUAAGAAUAGCUGGAUAUCCAUUUUUACUCUUCCUGGACAUUGCAAAAUCAAGCUCCCCCAGAACUUGGACCUACUUGUUUGUUCAAGUGUACUCGUCGCUUUGGUUACUCUUAAAUCAAAUGUGAUGAGUAAUAAGAAAGGCACUCUUAGAUUUUCCUCCAGCAAUACUUGUGGAAUGACAAAUGAGAGUUACUUGCCUCGUGAGAUAUUGGAGGACAUUCUAACAAGACUCCCAGCAAAGAUGGUCGGCCAAUGCAAGUGCAUCUGCAAGUAUUGGCGCGCUCUAAUUGAGGAGCCCUCCUUUGUGGAAUUGCACCAUUUCCAUUCCAAGUCUAGACCCGGUGGCUGGUACCGUGUAAUCUGUUUAACUACCUGUGACUUCAAGGAUAUACAUUUUUUCUCGGCCAAUUAUGAAGGAGGACUGGCCCAGCCCUUGUUCACCUAUUUAAAGUCAGGUUCAUGUGAAAUUGAAGCAUCUGUCAAUGGCUUGUUAUGUUGGUACCGUAAGGUAUCUGAAUCCAUUUUGAUUAUGAAUCCUACCACCAAAGAACUCAUUACCCUUCCCCCAUUUACGAGGCCAGCAAACUGUCACGUCCGUUAUGCAGGACCGUUGGUGUCAUUUGGGUUUGAUCCUUCCACUAAGCAAUACAAAGUGUUGAAUAUGUACCAUGUACUGAAAGAGAGGCAAGGACAAUUGGAGUACUCUCAUUGCGAGUGUGAAAUUUUCACUUUGGGCACACACUCGUGGAGAAAGAUUGACAUUGUUCCCCAGGCCUCCCACCUUGAGUUUGGUUCACGUGGCGUUUGUGUUGGUGGAGUUAUACACUGGAGAAAUACUUGGUAUUAUUCGAUAUGUUCUCGUACUGUUGAUGGUGAGGUUGUAGUGGCAUUUGACCUCAAAGAAGAGAGAUUUCGGGUGUUUUCACUGCCUAGGGAAUUCCCACGCACGCGUUGUCUGGUAGAACUUGGAGGCCAUUUGGCUGCUUGUGAUAAACCCUUUGUGGAACUCCCAGAAAAUGUACCGCUGGAGCUUUGGAUACUGGAGGACUAUGACAAGUGGGGUUGGGUCAAUGAGAGGAUCACGCUGCCACGGGAUAUUGUUCGACCACCUAUUUAUACAAAUGGCGCAAUUCAGGCAGGCGAGAUCCUCCUGCAUGUUCUUCUGAAGCGGCUGCCUGUGUCUACUAACUUGGAGGUGUACUAUUAUGGUCGGAACAAAAGAAGUUUAAGAAAGAUCGAAAUCACAGGGCUUUCUCUUCUGAAUCCAGUGUACAUGGGUGUCUUUAAUCUUGUUGAAAAUCUGGUUUCCUUGCGAGAUAUUUAAAUUUUUCUGUCAUUUCAUUUUCUCUAUGUAAGUCUUGUUAUUACAUUUCAUUCGUAUGAGACCUUUUUGUCAAGCCAUAUAUCUCCCCUAGGUGUAUUGAUUUGAUUUUGAUUGUGAAUGUUGUUGUCCAAUGAGUAAUUUAUGGGCAUUGGAUUAUUAGACCA